GUGAGGUUAAGUGAAGUUUGUCAGAGUGUCAGCCACGCUGCAGUCGAGACAAGUCUCUGUUUCUCUCUGAAAGAAAACUCAAACUGACUUCAUCAGGUCUUUCUCAACAACACAGCAGAGUCUCUGCCAAACACUGAUAUGGCUGCUGCAAACUAUCUAUCAUCUGAAGAUCAGUUUCUGUGCUCCAUCUGUUUGGAUGUGUUUACUGAUCCUGUCACCAUACUAUGUGGACACAACUUCUGCAAAAACUGCAUCAAUGAACACUGGAAUACUAAUGACCAGUACCUGUGUCCGAUGUGUAACAAGGUUUUCAACAUAAGACCUGAGCUGCAUGUCAACACUUUCAUCUCUGAGAUGGUUGCUCAGUUCAAACAGUCAGCUCAACAGAAAGCCAGCAGCAGCAGCUCAGAGCAACAAGUGUCCAAACCAGGAGAAGUUCCCUGUGACGUCUGCACUGGAACCAAACUGAAGGCCCUGAAGUCCUGCCUGGUGUGUCUGGUCUCCUACUGUGAGACUCACCUGGAGCCUCAUCUGACAGUUUCACGUCUGAAAAGACAUCAGCUGAUCGACCCUGUGGAGAACCUGGAAGGCAGGAUGUGUACGAAGCACGAUAAACCUCUGGAGCUGUUCUGUAAGACCGACCAGACAUGUGUCUGCAUGCUCUGCACUGUUUUAGACCACAAGAAGCAUGAUGUUGUUCCUCUGAAAGAAGGAUAUGAAGGGAAGAAGGCAGAGCUGGGGAAGACAGAGGCUGAAAUUCAGCAGAUGAUCCAGAAGAGACGACUGAAGAUUCAGGAGAUCAAACACUCAGUCGACCUCAGUGAGGAAGAUGCAGACAGAGAGAUAGCAGAAGGUGUUCAGGUCUUCACUUCUCUGAAGGAGUCUGUUGAGAGAGGCCUGAAUGAGCUCAUCAACACGAUCAAAGAGAAGCAGAAAACAACAGAAAAACAGGCCGAAGCUUUCAUCAAAGAGCUGGAACAGGAAAUCUCUGAGCUGAUGAAGAGAAGCACUGAGGUGGAGCAGGUGUUACGCUCUGAAGACCACCUCCAUCUUCUCCAGAGUGUCCAGUCCCUAAACAUCCAACAACCUCCACCCACCAAGGACUGGACAGAGGUCAGCAUCCGUCCAUCAUCAUAUGAGGGGACUGUGGUGAAAGCUGUGGUUCAGCUGGAGGAGACACUCAGUAAAGAGAUGAAGAAGCUGCUUGAAGCCGAGCUGAAGAGGGUCCAGCAGUAUGCAGUGGAUGUGACUCUUGAUCCUGAUACAGCACAUCCUAAACUCAUCCUGUCUUAUGAUGGGAAACAAGUGAAUCACGGUGGUGUGAGGAAGAAUCUCCCAGACAACCCAGAGAGAUUUUCUAAUUGUGUUAAUGUUUUAGGAAAACAGAGUUUCUCUUCAGGCAGAUUUUACUUUGAGGUUCAAGUUAAAGGAAAGACUAAUUGGACUUUAGGAGUGGCCAGAGAGUCGAUCAACAGGAAGGGAGACAUCACAGUGAGCCCUCAGAAUGGUUACUGGAUUAUAGUGUUGAGAAAUGGAAAUGAGUAUAAAGCUGCUGCUGACCCUUCAGUCCUUCUCUCUCUGAAGUCUCCUCCUCAGAAGGUGGGGGUGUUUGUGGAUUAUGAGGAGGGUCUGGUCUCCUUUUAUGACGUAGAUGCUGCAGCUCUUAUCUACUCCUUUACUGGCUGCUCCUUCACUGAGAAACUCUUCCCAUACUUCUGUCCCAGUCUUAAUUAUGGUGGUAAAAACUCUGCCCCUCUGAUCAUCUCUCCUGUCAGAGUAAACUAAUCACUUAACUUUGAUUCAUUUAUUUUCAUUCAGGGAAACAAAUGUUAAUAAUUAGUUUAGAUCUUAUUUUCUAUCUUUUUAAUGUAGUAAUUGAUUUACACUUAAUUGUUAAGAUUUUUUAAAUUAUAUGUAUUCCAUUACAUAGUCAACAAGCUCAUUUAAUGCAUUCAUCUUUUCAACACUGCAUCAGAAUAUCUAUUUUAAAAAACCUCUGUUAAAUCCACAGACAUUUAUUUUAACUUCUAAAAGAAAUCAGUUUCAAAAGACACCUUCAUUUAAGAGUAAGGCUGUAUCUCAAACCGCACACUUCUGUCAGUAUACUGCUAAUGUGCACUGACCACUUACCGUAGUGCCCACUUUGGAUGGUUAGUGUCGUCCCAAACGGAGCACUUAACGUUAAAACACUUA